AUGGAAGAGUUAUUGCAGGAGAACAACCCCGACCGAAUCCUUCUGGGCCUAGUCAGUCGCUCAAUUGGUGACGUUUUCGUCGCCAACGCAGACGACGAUACUUUUUCUCAAGCUAUAUGUGCAUUGCAUCCAGACCAUUUUAUUGUCCCCUAUCGAGAACUCCAUCACCAUCUCAAGCCCUCUUUGGAGGUACAGCCACGUUACCGACUGGUAACAUCUUUGGAAGAACGCAUAGAUACCUUCAUCAAAAUCCUCGACACCUUGGUGGUUCUAAGACAAGAGAAGGGUUACAUAAUUUCCCUCGAAGUUUACCGGCAUCUGUUACACUGUGCAGCAGCAGCAGGCCAUAGAAGUCUGGCAAAAAAUGUUUUUCGCAAGUUCAUGCCUGAGGCCAACGUCAAACCCGACCUGGAAUGUUUCAAUUACUUCAUGGAAGCACUCAAUUGGAACAACGCAUAUGGCAGGCACGAAAGAUACCAUCUGAGAGUGAUUCCAUACAACCUGCAUCGACGCUCAUCUCCUCAGGAGUACAAAGGCUUUACAGGCCAUGAGGUAGCCUCACCGACCCAUCCCGGCAAUCCAAAUUCAAUCAGGCUAGAAAUCUUGAGGACUUUCAAUGAGCUUGUCAGACAGGGUUUGCAAGGCAAUGAAGCUACUUUUUGCAAUCUGAUGGUUGCUAUGGGCCGUGAAGGUGACAUUGCUAGCGUAAAGAGUGUCCUCAAGUCAGUGUGGAAUAUCGAUGUGGACGCCUUGGAACAUUACGACGAAGAAGAGAUAGAGAGCCCCAGGUUUUAUGAGGAUGAUUCGCCACUUCGGCCUUCUGGGCGCCUACUGUUUUCCGUGGUUCACAUCUUCGGUACCAACAACCAAAUCAGUGUCGCAAGCAUGUUGCUCGACUACAUUUCUCGGAAUUAUAAUCUUGAGAUCCCGGAAUUCGUCUGGAGUCACCUUCUUGAAUGGACUUUUGUACUUGCCAGCCAGGAUCGAAACUACAGAAUUCAAAAAGGAUUUGGUAUUGGUCGCGUUUCGGGCCAAGCAGUUGAGUCUCUGUAUACUGUGUUCCACAGUGAACCUUUCAACGUCAAGCCAAAGAUCGUGGAUCUAAUGUUCAGAGUCAAAGUUAGAGCCAAAAAAGGAAUGCUUGAUAUGACACUGGAAGAUAUCCGCGAAUGCAUGCGAAUGCUUGAAGAGGAUCGGACAAAUGUCUCGAUCUUGUAUGACAAGAUGCGUUAUCACUUGGAUCGUGGUUACUACACCUUGUUCAAGAGCGGUAUACCAGCUGCUGACUUUCUGAGAUUGAGGAGGGAAUUCGUGCUCGCUUCCUUGAAGCUAGAGUGUAGUCUUCAGCUCAUCAUUAUUGCCGUCCGCAACGUCUUCAAGGAAAAGGAAUGGCCAUCCGCAGGACGUGGUGUUGAAUGGCCAUAUCGAAGACUACCCGGCCUGGUUAAGGAAUGGUCAGAUUUCCUGCCCAACAUCGUGCCCUACUACACGCCUACCGGGCACGUCACCUUAUUGGGGGAGGAACACCGGAAAGGGGCCAUUCGAUCUGCAAACUCCAAUCAAAUGACAAAGGCAGGGUCGAUGCGAAUCAUGUUUGACAGUUAUAGCCCUGCUCGUCUCCUCCAUGCUGCAGAUUUCGUGUACCGGAAACCUACAGGUCUUACCGCGUUCUACGAGGAAGCAGAGGCAGACUCCGAAUCCGUAUAUACCGACUGGGUUUCGGAAAUUGAAAAAGAGCAACGCACACAGCGUAUGGAAGCGAAAGAUUCCAAAAUAUACUUCCCAGCAGCUGACUACAGGAUGGAUGAGUGGAGGCCCUGGUCUAAACACAUAGGAAGUUGGCCUUGA